UAAUAGAUAAGAUUAUAGCAAUCUAUAUAAAAGUGCAAUUAAUUAACCAGUUCGUAUUAAAGUUACUGUUGUGAAAGAAUAUCGUUAAUCAAAAUGUACAAAUUAUUUUUGUUUUUUGUGAUCGCUGUUUACAGCGCCAAAGCGUACACACUCGGAGGGUCUGAGAGGAUAAUGGGAGGAGCAUACAGGACUGAUAUAAAUUAUGUGAUAUCUUUACAAGACAAAAGACAAUCACAAGCCAACGAAAGAGGUCACAUAUGUGGAGGUGUAUUGAUUAAUCGCCAGUUCGCCCUUACAACAGCUUCAUGCGUUUUGGAAAACAAUGGACAAUCAAUCAACAUAACCAACUUCAGAGUCUUUGCUGGGACUGUUCUUACGAAUGAUAAUGCUAACAGUGUUCGUGACAUAUCAAGCAUAACUGUUCACCCAAAUUAUAACAGGCAGAAUCCUCUCGUUAACAACAUUGCUGUUAUAACUUUACAAUCUGCGUUCCCGGAAUCAAUAAUCCCCUUGUCUAUGCCUAGUGCUGAUGUUACUCAUCCUGCUACGUGUGAGACUUCCGGCUUUGGAGCCCGUAAUUCAACAGCUACUGCAAGUGCGCAAUUGAUAACUUUAUCGCCAGUAGUUACGAUGCCACUUGAGCUCUGUAGGCUGGUUGAGCCACAGGUACUAUCUGGCGUGGUUUGCGCCAGUGGGGGAGGCGCUGGAUGUGCGGGUGAUCUAGGUAAUCCAUUAGUUUGUGGCACACAGAGUUCUCCAAUCCUUUGUGGUUUACUUUCUCGGAGCAACAACUGCGGGGUAAUAAGUGACGGAACUGCGUCAGCUACAGAAUUGUACACUCGAGUCUUUGAGUUCGCACCAUGGGUGAAUGGAGUAGUCAAUUCCGCCCCGGGAGCGGCAGCCACGUCACAACUGGGAAUCGCUUUAGCAUUUAUGUUUGUAGUUAUCCAAAACUUCAAUUUCUUACACUAAGUCAAAGCUAAAAUAUUAAACUUAUUUAUUUAUCGUUCAAUCAUUCAAUGUUACAUGUUUAUUAUUAAUAAAUUAUAAAUGAAAUUC